AUGGCUAAUUUUAGUUUUGGUGUACCAGCUACUACAACAGCUGCCACUGGGUUUGGAUCGUUUAGCACUCCAAAACCAGCAACAGGAUUUGGAUUGCCUGCUCCUUCGUUCGGAGCAACUCCAGCAAGUGGAAGUUUAACAUUCGGAACUGCUGCUGCAACUCCAGCAGCAACAAGUGCUCCGACGUCGAACUUUAGUUUUGGAAUGACACCUUCCACAGUUACCUCUACUGGAAAUCCACCAAAUACUGGGACUACUCCAGCCCCUCCUAGUUUAUUUGGUACUCCAGCAACUUCGACAACUUCUUUGACAGGCCUAAAUUUUGGAACUCUUGCUACAUCAACUACUGCAGGCUUUGGAGCUACUACAAGCGCUCCAGCAAUUGGUUUAAGUUUUGGAACAACUACUACCUCUUCAUCAUUACUCGGUAGUGCUCCUAGUGGAAAUUUAUUUGGAACUAAACCAUUGGGAACAUCAGUUGCUCCAACAUCAUCAACAACUAGCGUUAAUAAAGGAUUAGGUGGUUUAGAUGUUUCCUUAAGCAAUAAAGGUUUUUCACUGGGUGGUACUGGUCCAACAUUAGCAAAAGAAAACCUUAUUCCAAAUGAACUUACGCAGACUAUUGAGAGCUUCAAAGAAUAUGUCAAAACUCAAAAAGGGUUCAGUUCUGAUAUAGCAAGAGGUUCAGCUCGUCCACUUAAUCGCUGUGCUGAAGACACGGCAUCAUUAAUGGAAAUGCUAACGACUUUAGGUGGAUCUGUACAACGAGAUCGUGCAUUAGCGGAUAAACUUAAACAAGACACUGCUAAAGCACUGCAAAAUGCUGAAAUCGCCCAAAGAACGCAUGAUACACCAGCUGGGCUUCAAUAUGAAAAUACUGCUCCGUUGAUGUUCUUCCUAGAAUUAGUCGAAAAUUUUGAACAAGAUUUGAUGUUAUUUAGAUCACAAAUUGAGACCACGGAGAAACAUAUUCACACCAUGAUGACUCCAAGAGCAUUAACACCACAAGAAUUAACCAUGGCAAUGAAUAAAAUUCACGAAUCUCUAAUAGCAGUUGCUGGCAGACUUCAAAAUGUUCAUAGUAAAGUACAACAACAAAAAGAACAAUAUCUUAAUUUAAGGAAAUAUAUUCUGAAAGAUAGUACAAAUGUAUUUGAGGAAAUCAAAGUUAAUGGUAAAAAUAAUCGCCACAGUGUAGGAAAAAUUGCAACAGGUCCUACGCCUUUUGGUCCAGGAAAUAAAAGUUUUUUAUCAUCUACAACAUUAAAUGCAAAUAGGCAACCAAGUUAUGGAUCUGCAAAUUCUAUGGUUUGGGGAUCGACACUACCAUCUGCGACGAAUAUUUCAAUAAAUAACUCAAUGAAACCGCCAACAGCAAGUUUAAAUUUUAAUCCGCCUUUGAAUUUGACUGCACCGUUGUCUACAAAUGAAUCAACUUCAUGCUUUCAAUUACAAAAACCACCAAUUGGUAAUAAACGUGGAAAACACUGA